AUGGGGGACUGGAACUUUCUGGGAGGAAUCCUAGAGGAAGUUCAUAUCCACUCCACUAUGGUGGGAAAGAUCUGGCUCACUGUUCUCUUCAUCUUCCGUAUGCUUGUGCUUGGAGUCGCAGCUGAAGAUGUGUGGAACGACGAGCAGGUCGACUUCAUCUGCAAUACUCAGCAGCCUGGCUGCAGAAACGUCUGCUACGACUGCGCCUUCCCUGUGUCCCUCAUCCGCUACUGGGUGCUGCAGGUGAUAUUUGUCUCCUCACCGUCGCUCGUGUACAUGGGACAUGCGAUCUACCGACUGCGCGCACUAGAGAAGCAGCGGCACUGCAGGAAAGGGGCACUGCGACGUGAGCUUGAGGCUCUGGAGUCGAACCUGAUGGAGGCCCGUCGGCGUGUGGAGAGGGAACUGAGGCAGCUUGAGCAAGGAAAAUUAAACAAAGCACCACUGAGAGGCUCGUUAUUGCGCACUUACAUUGCUCACAUUAUAACCCGACUGUCACUGGAGGUCGGAUUCAUGCUGGGUCAGCACAUACUCUACGGAAACCAUCUGGAGCCACUGUACAGAUGCGAUCAGGACCCAUGUCCAAACUCAGUUGACUGCUUUGUGUCUCGGCCAACAGAAAAAAGCAUGUUCAUGGUAUUUAUGCAGGUCAUUGCGGCUGUUUCACUGUUUCUCAGCCUGCUAGAAAUUGUGCAUCUGGGAUACAAGAAAGUAAAAAGAGGAAUUGUGGAUUAUUUCACUCAUGUUAAGGACGAUUUGGAUGAUUACUGUGGAGGCAAAUUGAAAAAGAACUCUGUGAUACAGCCGGUUUGUGUGAGCCAGGGACGCAAAGCCACUGUUCCAUCUGCUCCAACUGGAGGAUACAUGCUCCUGCUGGAAAAAAAACAAGCUAAUGGCCCAUCUUUACCCGCUCUUAUUUGUUCUUCAUCAAUGUUCCUUCAGAGUGGGGCAAAAAGAGGUUUGGAUGGGCAAAAUGAGGGCAAAGAGAGUGUUCCGAGUUUAACUGAGCACUCAAGCAGUUGCACCAACUCUCCUCACGAAUACAAACAGCUAGAGACUGAGAACUCCACAUACCCAACACUUCCUCCCCCUGACCCAACUUCCUGUCCCACUACCUCUCCAAGCGAUGCCUGUAAAAUGCAGCGCAUCAGCAGCAGGGUAAUGGAGGGAAACAUGAAAAACGAGUCUUGUAACCGUUCUACAGGAAUGCAUCAGUAUGAUUUUACAGCAAAACACAACAAAUGUCAGUCUAAAUCACAGUCAGUGUGUGACGUAAGCUCUGAUUCACGCCGAAGCCCCGCCCUCUCACCAAACCGGCGUACCUCAUUGGUCAGCACUGUAAGCAGCAGGAGAGCUACAGAUCUCCAAAUCUGAAAACCACCUCAAACCGUCCAUGUUUAAUGUAAUACUGACAAAUAAAGCAUUAAGUGUAUUACAGUUUGUAAUAUUUUCUCUUCCCCUUAUUUCCACACUUGUG